AUGGCCCACAAGGGACGCCUGAGCGCCAAACAAGCAAUCGUGCUGAGCUACGAGCCGUUAUUGCACUUCUCCAGUUUCGCGCCUGGACUGGCGAGGGCAUCCAAAGACUUGUCAUUGCGACCGACUCUUCAUACGUGGUUGACUGCGCUACGCAGAGAAUUCAUGCUUGGCAGCAUAACAGGUGGAGGACAUCGAGAGGUGAACCAGUCAAAAACCGAGAUCUUUGGGAGUUGUACCUGGCAGAACUACAGCGCUCUAGCGACUCAGGAUUACAAGUUCUCUUUUGGAAAAUUCCAAGAGAGUGGAACACCACUGCUGAUGCACGGGCAAAGGAAGCUGCCACUCUCGCUGAUCAAGAAGAAUUUUCGAAAAUCGUGGGCGUUGCUUGUUAGCAACCCCGUGGCCAGCUUGUUACUUGAAGGGUGGACGGUCGCUUCAUGGACGCCGGACCCGCCUACAUCGGUGUCGAAAAGAAGCUGA